AACUAUCUAUGAGGGGGUGGGUGGUAUCUCCUGAUCACUGAUCAGAUCCAGAGGACACGGCAUUUCUUGCUCCCACUAUUCGAUUCUCCUGUGCUGCAUUUAUCUCUCUGUGGUGAAGAAUGAAGUCUGCUCUGCUUUGUGUUGCAUUGUGUGUGGUUGGAGCCUCUUGCUUGUCCCUCAACAAGGUACCAGCAGAUACUAAGUGGGUGGACCUGACCUCUGAGCCAAAGGAUCUGGGGGACAUAUGGACUGAUUGCAGUAGUGCCGGUGAUCUUAUGAAGAUUGAUUCUGUGACUAUAACUCCUGAUCCUCCUACGAAAGGUGCUGCUCUAACCAUCAACGCAACUGUUGAUUUCGAGAAGCAGGUCACUAGUGGCAGUAUUAAGGUUGACCUCAAGUGGGGGUUCAUAACAGUUGUGAAUAAGGAGCUUGACCUAUGCAGUACAGCUAAAGACGCUGGGGUGUCGUGCCCAAUCAAUGCUGGAUCUUUGACCUUCCAUAUUUCUGAAGCACUUCCUAGCGCAGCUCCUAGUGGUCACUACACUGGUAAUAUCAAGGCAACUAACCAGGAUAGCAAUGAACUGGUGUGUGUGGAUAUAGACUUCCACCUGACGUGAGAAGAGGUGUGCAUUCUACAUGCAGAGAUGCUCUACAUGUGUGUGUGUGUGUUAGCUAGUUUACUGACCUAACCCUAAUUUUAUUUUGCUGGUACAAAAUCUGAUGACUAACUGAAGCACAUGAUACUCCUUAUAAAGACAAA